AUGCUUGAAACCUGAACCCAGACCACUGUCACACUUGUUGGUAUUCAUAUAACCCAGCACCCGGGAAUCACAGUCUAAGGCUGGCGGGUCUUGAAGCGAGAAGACGAUGAGAGUUCACGCGCACACCAAGUUCUGCUUCCUCUGUGUCCUUACCCUCCUGUUCCAUCAGUGCUCUCACUGCCAUGAUGGCAGCCACCACCACCACCACCACCACCACCACCACCAGCAGCAUGAUGACAACCACGAGCACUACGACCGCGUGCACAGCGAUCUCCAGAUAUCGAAGGCGUCCUACACGGGCCUGUUGGAUCACCCGGCGCCCAAGAGCCAGGGAGAGGCAGCUGAGCAUGAGCAGCUGUUCUACAUUCAGCAGCUGUUCCGGCGAUACGGUCAGCAAGACCGUCUGGACUUCAGUGGCUUCCAGAACCUGCUGCUGAGUUUGGGCCUGGGUGAGGUACGGCUAGUCGGGCUGCAGCACGAGGACCUGGGCCACGACCACGUGGCCCACCUGGACCUGCUGGAAGUGCAAGAAGGCCUUCACUCUCAUUCAGCUGGUCAUACACACCCACACCCAAAGUCCCACUCCCCCCACCACCACCACCAGCACUCCCACGGAGAGGACCCAGGGGCACAGCCCACCAAACAGGGGUCCUGUAGCUCCUCAGGUGGAGCUGGACCCACUGUAGACAGCAGGUCGCAUGAACAGCGCAGUCAUGAUCUCGACAAGGACAGCGACCAUGAUCAUCACGGACACGAGCAUGAACUGGACCUCGCUCAGACCCGAAAUGCUGACCAUGACCACACGCACACCAGCUAUGAGCACUUACACGAUACUGACCCUACGAGAGACGGUUACCAGCCUCAACAGCUUGACCACACAAACCCCCAUGACCGCUCACAUGACCAUGACCAACAGGACAAUGACAGUAAACAAGAACACAACGAUCUCGGUCAUGACCAUGAUCCUGGAAUGCCUUUAGAUGGCUCCCACAGCCACGGUGAGCUUGUAGAUGAAACACAGCGCUUUCAUCUACAUGACCAUCACCACCAUCACAAGCACCCCCACCCUCACAACCACCACCACACUCCACACACCGCAGACCAGACCAGGCCUACACCGGCCACCCAGGUGUCCAGGCUCCCAAGUCCUGGAACUCCUGAUUCCCAGUCUCUGACUUACACACGGUCACCUGCUGAAAUGACCGAGGGGGCCAGAAGGCUGUCAAAAGAUAGACGGCGCAAUCGAAAUAAAAUUUCCCAUGUGCCUGACGCUACAGUCAUUCCUGAGGUCGACGUUAGCGGGAGUGACCAUCACCAUGAUGACCAUGACCGUGGUGACCAUUCUCAGAGUCAGUCACGCAAGGGGAAAAGGGAGAUACCAGAAGAGAUGACCAGUGUAAACAUCUCAACUCUGGCUGUACAUUUUGAGGACAUGGGGCACCAGCAUGAGGAGUGUUUAAACCUAACCCAGCUACUGCACCACUAUGGCCUGAGCCCUGAUUCGCUCAUCUCCCCAUCUCAGUUCACGUACCUGUGUCCAGCCUUGCUCUAUCAGAUAGAUAGCCGGCUGUGCAUUCGCCAUUACCACCAGGUCGACGUUCAGGAAACCCCCCCGCUCUCAGUGUGGAUCUGGGUGUGUGGCUUUGUGUCCAUCACACUCAUCAGCUUGCUGUCUCUGCUCGGCGUGGUGCUGGUGCCCGUCCUCAACCAGGCCUGCUUCAAGUUCCUGCUCACCUUCCUGGUGGCGCUGGCUGUGGGUACUCUGAGCGGUGACGCCCUCCUCCAUCUGCUGCCUCAUUCUCAAGGAGGCCACGACCACAGUCACGGGGAGCACAGAGUUGAGGGAGAAGAUAUGGACCUGCUCACGGAGUUCGACAGUAUGUGGAAGGGACUGACCGCGCUGGCAGGAAUCUACCUGCUCUUCAUCAUUGAGCACUGCAUCAAUAUGGUCAAACAUUACAAAGACCAAGGGGGUCGCUUCUGUCGAAGAAAAAAGAAGAGUGAGGAAGGAAAGAUUGGGAGGAAGUUGUCUGAUCACAAGCUAAACCGGCGCUCGGACGCUGAGUGGAUGCAUUUGAGACCGUUGACUGAGGGCUCACACAACGACACCCAGCUUACCGAGGUCCAGCCUCCUGAUUCCCCCAGCAAGACUUCGUUGUCCACGUCGGAUAUGGAGAACGCCCACCAGGGAGAGGCCGUGGCUGUCAAGGAGAAUGGCAGGAAGGCCAAGGCAAAGAGGAACUCCCACCACGGGCACUCCCACCACGGGCACUGCCACUCAGACAAAGACAUGCAGGAUGCUGGCAUAGCCAGCAUUGCCUGGAUGGUCAUCAUGGGCGAUGGCAUGCACAACUUCAGCGAUGGACUAGCCAUUGGUGCUGCUUUUAGUGCCAACAUAACAGGAGGCAUCAGUACAUCUGUUGCAGUUUUCUGCCAUGAGCUGCCCCAUGAACUGGGUGACUUUGCAGUGCUGUUGAAGGCUGGUAUGUCCGUGAAGCAGGCGAUUGUGUAUAAUUUGCUGUCGGCCCUUAUGGCCUACUUCGGUAUGGUGAUCGGCACAGCGGUGGGCCAGUACACACACAAUGUCACCAGCUGGAUCUUCGCUGUCACUGCUGGAAUGUUCCUUUACGUUGCCUUGGUGGACAUGCUGCCUGAGAUGCUACACGGUGACAGUGAGGAACACAAGCGGUGUCACUUGGGCCACUUCGUGCUGCAGAACAUGGGCAUGCUCACAGGCUUCGCCAUCAUGCUGCUCAUUGCCAUCUUUGAGGACCAGAUCGUGCUGGACUUCAACUUCUAGGACCAGGAGGGAUGGGGCCUCUAGCCACAACACCAUCACUACAUCCACCCGUGCGCUUUGCCCCAGAGGCGGCUUCACCUUCACGCCACUAGCGUCCUACAAGCAUGGCCCAAAGCAUUGUGGUGUCUCCUCCACAUCCCUCUUAAAGAGGGCCUUGGUGGCUCACAGUGGACACACACUUGCACACCACCACGUUUAUAUUUUGCCUUUCAAUUUAUAUUUUGCCACCUGUCCCUGUUGUCUGCUUCCCAUGGUCCUCUUAAAAAUGUUAUGGGUCAGGGUGUGUCCUAGCGCUUAACGAUAUGUGUAUGAGACAAAAUGGUAACAUGAUCCUCUCUACAGCACUAGAUUCAUGAGGUGUAGUUCCUGGGAUUUAUGAAGCCUAAGUGAUGACAUCACUGCUGCUGUAGCCACCCAGUUCAGCACGCACGCACACACACACACACACACACACGC